AUGUUUGCGCAACCACGUGCAUUAGCUUAGUACUCUAUUUCGUACAUUGUUGCAAGGCGAGCUUGCGUUUCGUGUCGUCGGACUUAAAAAAUGCGUUACGUAGCCGCCUACCUGUUGGCAGUUCUCGGUGGAAACAAUAGCCCGAACGCGCAAGACAUCAAGAAGAUUCUCGGCAGCGUUGGAAUCGAUGUGGAUGACGACAAACUCGCGAAAGUCAUCGGAGAAUUGAAUGGGAAAGAUGUGAACGAAGUGAUUGCCGAAGGCCAGACGAGGCUCGCUACCGUGUCAUUCGGUGGCGUUGCCGCUGCCGGAUCAGCCAGUGCGGCGGCGCAGAAAGAAGAUGCCCCUGCGGCUGCUGAAGAAAAGGAGGAGAAACCAGAGGAAGACGAAGAAUCUGACGAAGACAUGGGCUUUGGGUUGUUUGACUAGAUAGCGAUUGGCGUGCGAAUGUUUUAUUUGAUAAAACACCAGGUACAUGACUUCAGAGUAACUAUAGAA